AAAAAAAAAAAAAAAAUUACAUACAAAUAUUUUCUCAUUUUUUUCUUUUAAAAAAUGAAUACGGAACUAUCAAAUUUAUUACUUAGAGGAUAUACUAAAAUUCUUGAAACUGGAGAAUUUUAUGACAUAGAAAUAUUAGUCGGAGAACAACCGAACACUAAAAUUUUUCGUUUACAUUCUUUCGUAUUGAAAGUAUGUUCACCAUAUUUUCGUACCGCAUUAUCAAGUAAUUGGAUAAAAAUUGAAAAUAAUAUUAUUAAAUUUAAAAAACCAAAUAUUUCAGUAAAAGUAUUCGACAUUCUUACCAAGUUUAUAUAUAGUGGUAAACUUGAACUUGAAAAUAAUAAUGUCAAAACAAAUGUUGCACUUUUAAUUGCAGCUGAUGAAUUAUGUCUUAGUGAUUUAUGCAUUUAUAUUGAGAAAUGUCUUUUAAAGAACGUAGAAUUAUUAAAACAAAAUUUUGUUCUUAUUCAAGAUAUUUCAAACAAAUUCACUCAAUUUAUAUACUUAUCACAAUUUUAUAAUGAUACUUUUCAAAAAGAUCCUUCAUUAAUUUUUAAAGCAAAUGAUUUCACUACAAUCAAAAAAGAAAUUCUUCUUGAUAUUAUUGCUAACAAAAAUCAUUUUUUAAAUCCUAUUGAAAUUUGGGAUAAACUUAUGGAAUGGGCUAUUGAUCAAUCUAAUGAAUUACCUUCUGAUGUUACAAAAUGGACUGAUAUUAAUGUAACAAUAUUUAAGAAAUUAAUUCAACCAUUUAUAUCUCAUAUUAAUUUUCAAGAAAUAACUCGUGUAGACUUUUUUCAAAAAAUUAAACCUUUCAAGAAUGUUUUUGAUGACAAAUUUUAUAUUAAAAUUCUUGAACAUUAUUCUUUCAAUAAUAUUCAUGAUGAGUUAAUGAAUUCUCCAGAAUUUAUAUCGGAACCUUCUAUGCCUUUUUUUAUUUCACCCCCUUCAUCUCCUUUAAUGCCAAACAAUUCUAACCGUAAUUAUAAUUAUAUUCCCGGCCGUUCCCGUUCUAUGCGCUCCGUUCGCUUUAACUCUAUUCCUCCUCCCCCACCACCUCCUCCCCCCGUCUCUCAGCCUAUCUCUCAAAGUAUGCCACAUAUCCCACCUCCACCCAUUCGAUACCCGCUUCCUGGUCCGCGUCCUCAUUUCCGUGGGAGAGGGGGUAGAUUUUAGUUUUUAAAAUAUAGAAAUUUUGAGAUUAUUGGGAUCAUAAAUUAUCUAUAUAUAUUAUUCCCUUGUUUAUUUUUUUAUUUAAUUUUUUUUUUUAAAUAUUCUGGUCAGAAUUAAAUAAUCUAAGGUUAAUCAAUUUUUCAAAUAGUUUGGGCGUAAUGUGUAAAGUGCGAGUGUACAUUUUUGACCUGCUGUUACAAAAACAAAUCAAUUUGUAAUUAAAAAAUUCUUUUGAUAGAAUUUUAGAAAUUUCUAAUGUAAAUAAAUAAAUUUUUCUUUUUUUUUCACGAAAAA